AACAUUCUGACCUCCUCCCAAACUCCCGCUUUUCUCCUCAUCCACAUCUGCAUCAGGAUUACCUGGACUUUGGCUCCACAGACCGCACGCUAUGCGCGUGCGUCACAUGCGCGCGCUCUCCUCUCUAAAGCGGGACGCAACCAGAGGAUGACGCGCAGAGAAGCCGCCUCUCCGUGACGCGCAGAGCGAGCCGGUUCGGCGCGCCCAGGAGCUACGAUGAAGUCCAGCAGCCAGGACCAGAGUCUGUCGGAGUCCAGGGAGCUAGACCGGUCCUACGACCCGCUCACAGGUAACCCUCCAUCCAAACCCCAGAAGAAGAGCUUUAAGCAGCGAUUCCUCAAACUGCUUCCCUGCUGUCCCUCCGACUCCAGUACUUCAGUAAACCAAAGAAGCAUCAGCGACGAGGCGGAGCUGUCCGCCGUGUGCUUCAGGCCACAGGGCCUCGAUCUCCUCGUUCAGCAGACCAGGUUCAGCAAGAAGGAGCUGCAGGUUCUCUACAGAGGAUUCAAAAACGAAUGUCCGAGCGGCAUUGUGGAUGAGGACACCUUUAAACGAAUCUACUCCCAGUUCUUCCCUCAGGGGGAUUCCAGCAUGUACGCUCACUUCCUGUUUGAAGCUUUCGACACACACAACAACGGAUCGGUCAGCUUUGAGGACUUUGCUGUGAGUCUGUCCAUCCUCCUGAGAGGCUCCAUCACUGACAAACUCCAUUGGGCCUUUAACCUGUAUGACCUCAACAAGGACGGCUGCAUCACCAAAGAGGAGAUGACAGACAUAAUGUUCUCCAUUUACGACAUGAUGGGGAGGUGCACGUACCCCAGCAUGAAGGUCAACGCUCCCAAGGAGCACGUGGACAGCUUCUUCCAGAAAAUGGACAGCAACAGCGAUGGCGUGGUGACCAUCGAGGAGUUCUUGGACACGUGUCAAAAGGAUGAGAACAUCAUGCGCUCCAUGCACAUGUUUGACGAUGUUAUCUGAGCUCCGUCGGAGGACCACGCCCUUCCACCUGCAGCAGACCGGAACGUCUCGGAGGUGCAGGGACUCCCACGGCAACGACACCAGACGUCGACCCCGCUUCUCCAAAACCCCGUUUCUGCAAAGACUGAGCUGCUGGCGUGAAACGUGAAGGUUUUCCAUCUGCUGAUGCAUGAAGAUUCUAGGAUCUGCUUUUGUGUUUGCAUGACUGAUACAGACGAGAUGGUGCUGAAGACUCACUCACACCGGUUCCUACAGUUCUCCUCACGUCCCAAAGUUCACUUUUACUAGAAUUAAAUGUGCUGCUCAGUGAA